AUGGAGAGAAGAAAAGAUUCGCAAAUCCUAUAUGUCUUCUGCGAUGAGUUCGGGAAAAUUAUUAAUAGAGAUCCAGAGAAGGUUUAUUAUAUUCCCACUGCAUCUGAGUUGAAGAUCAUCCUCCCUGGAGGCGCUUUGGAGUGAGAAGCAGCUGAACUUAUCAUAAAUCUUCCACAUUUAACCAGAGAAGGGGAAAUUAUAUAUACCCUCAGAGAGCCUUUUAUCACAGGGAAUGAUGAAGAUGCUCAUAGUAGUAUUUUAAGCGAGGAAGAUCCUGAAUUUGAAGUGCUUAAUUCGUAUACGGAAGUAUCCCCAGAUACUAACAGAAUAGGAGCACAGCACUUCAAUGUAUCUCUUCUGUAUCCUGGUGUAUAUUUCUUCCAAUUCAAAUACUCUGGGAAUUGAUAUACAGAACCUCAGUGGAUUCAGCUAGACCCUGAUUUGGACAAAGGAGAUACCCAUACAAAUGUUAGUUCUCUCAGAAUUCAAACAGUGCUCUCAAGAUCAUUAGGAGUAUUAGAUAGGUGGGAAGAAUUUAUUUAUACCCAGAGAGACCUUGGCUACAACGCAAUCCAUCUCACUCCAAUCCAGCAUUAUGGAGAAUCAAUGAGCCAUUAUUCGAUAGCUGAUCAAUUGAGCAUUGAUGAUUGGUAUUUUGAAGACUCUAGCUCGCUUACGACUGAAGAAAAGUUUGAAAAGUUAAAAUAUCACAUUAACAAAAUGCAGAUAGAAUCAGGAAUGCUAUUUUUCAUCGACAUUGUUCUCAACCACACUGCUGGCAACAGCUCAUGGGUAAAGGAGCAUCCGGAGGCAACUUACAAUACAGAUAACUGCCCUCAUUUGACAAGUGCCUAUGUCUUGGACAAAGCUAUCGAAGAUUUCGACAUAAAGUUCAACAAGAAGGAACUUCCUGAAUUUCCAUAUGCUCCGCAUAUAAAGACAAAGGAACAACUGGAAGAAGUAAUGGCGUACAUAAAGACUAAUAUUAUCGAGAAGCUAAAAAUAGAGGAGUUCUUCUUAAUAGACCCUGAUAAGUUUCCUCAGGAGCAAGACCUAGCUGAACUUAGGUUGAAGAAAUCCUCUGAAGUCACCAUCACUCGUGAGAAGGAUUUUAGCGGAUUCAUCUGGCAUAUUGUCAUAAAUCAAGGAGCUAGCAGGCUUGGUGUCAGUGUAGACUACUCUCAUCUUCUAAAGGCUGUAGAGAAGGUAAUUCCAGGGAAGGACGAUGAGUUCUACUAUGACAAAAUUCAUCACAUUCUUAAACAGUACAAUAUGGAUGCCCAGAACAUGAUCCACGGAUUCAUGGGCGAGGCUUAUGAUGCUCUGAGGGGAGAAAUUGAGUAUCAUAAAAUGGUUCUGAACGAUCCCAAGCUUAGAGCACCGGAUCAGAGAAUGACUACAUCUUACUUUAGAGAGCUUGACAACCCUCAGAAAACUAAAUGUGUCCAUAACGGAUGGAGCAUGGGAGGUGAUGCAUCAAAGCAAGAUUUCUGCGACAACAAAUGCUGGUUUUACCUCAGAAGAUACAUCAUCGCUUGGGGAGACUGUAUUAAGCUUAGAUACGGAAAGAAACCAGCAGACUCUCCUUACUUAUGGAAAAGAAUGACCGAAUAUCUUACAGGGCUUGGUAAAAUAUUUGAUGGGGUUAGGAUAGACAAUGCUCACUCUACUCCAAAGCAUAUUGCUAAAUACCUGCUUCAAAAGCUUCGAUCAACUAAUCAGAAUAGCUUUGUUCUAGCAGAGUUCUUCACGAAUAACAGACAGUCAGAAGCUGAAGCUACAAGAGAGCUUGGAAUCAAUGGCUUAAUUAGAGAAAUGCAGAACUUUGGCAAUUGUCAAGAACUCUCAGCACAAUACCAUGGAUAUGGAGGAUGCAGAGAGUAUAUAAUUGGGAAACUUGAUGAUCAUUAUCUAGACCAUUCUACUGGGGAAAUAUACAGAAAAAUUAAACAGAGGUAUCCCCUCCCUGUGUUCUAUGAUAUGACUCAUGAUAACUCUUCUACAAUUGAGAAGUUCCCACCAGGAACAAUUUCUCUUCCACAUUUAGCACUUGGCUCAGUUUUGUGUUGCUCAAUAGCUUCCACAUAUGGAUUUGAUAUCCUAUUGCCCAAGAAUUUACACAUUGUUAAAGAAAUGAGGCUGUACCAAGUAGAAGACUCUGAAAAUUCAGGGCCCUCAGAGUACAACCCAAACACCAAAACUAUAGAGUUCUAUGCUUUUGAUGCUGAAUAUGUAGACAUUGCCGGUACUUUCAACAAUUGGCAGCCAGAAAGAAUGCAACAAGACGAAGGUAGAUGGACUUUUGAUAUUUCUGAACCAGGAAUACACCAAUUCAAGUUUAUCAAAGAUAACGAAUGGACUUCUUCAAAUAUCUACCCCAUAGCCGGGCCUGACGGAAACAAUUUUAUUGAAGUAUAUGGUGAAGGGCACAAAAUAAUCACUGACUUCAGACCAAUCAGGAAGAUAAUGUCGGAAAUCCAUGAUGAAUGCAACAAUGACCACUCACCCAUCUUCCUCCAUCAUGUAAAAGAGUGGGAUAUUAUCCAAAUUGUAAGGAGGCUGAAUGACAAUAUCAACACUGAUUAUGACUCAUACACAGUAAUUGCGAGGUCUAAUUUCCAACACUUGGAAUCUGACAAGCUCGACACAACAAUUGAGCUACCCGGAAAAGUGACUAAAGUGGUGCUCUGAGCUUAUGCCAUAAUAGAUUUCAACAAAAUUAACCAUUAUUUCGACAAAGUUGACAACCCAGAACGCAUCGUUCCGUUUGAAGGUGAAGUCCACAUGGCUCCUGGUCUCCAAGGAUUUGGAGAAAUCAUCGAAGGAAAUUCAUUCGACUAUAUCAAGUUCACAAGAAUGCCAGCAGGCUUUGUAGUUGUCAUUAGAGCUUCCUCUGGAAAUGAAGAUAUCAAAAGACAUGAAUUUAUUGAUGAAAAGUCUUUAGAACUUCUUGAAAUGAAAGAGUUCAAGGAUAUCGAUCUUCCAACACUCAAUUAUGCACUUUAUAAAUGCGAUGAAGAAGAAAAGGAUUAUACCUUAGGAAAAAGAGGGGCUUACACAAUCCCUCAUGCACCAAUGGUCUAUGCAGGGAUUGCAAGUGUAACUCAUAUUUUGCGAUCUUUGAAGGAAACACAAGAUCUUGGGCACCCUCUAUUUAACAACCUGAGGGAAGGAAACUGGAUUAUGGACUACAUAAUAGGUAGAUUUAGCGAUAAUGAGCAUACAAAUUUCCUUGUCCCAAUUUUAGAUGCUCUGUUUAGCAAUGUAAAAGAAUUACCAAAUAGGUCGAAGCCUCAUUAUUUCUCUAAGAUUAUUUGAUAUCUCUGGGAUGCCUUUAUUCUUGGACAAUUAUCUCAAUUAGACCAUGAGACUGCAAGGUGGAUCUCUGAAGACCCAUUCACAAUUAACUUGUACGAAUCUGUGAGUCAAUUCUAUGGGAAGGUCAAUAGUGCUAAAUUUGGAGAACUUGAAAACUCAAUGUCAGCUGGUCUUCCACAUUUUUCUACCCAAUAUAUGAGAUGUUGGGGUCGAGAUACAUUUAUUGCCUUCAACGGUCUCUUACUAGUCCCAAAAUAUUACAAGGAUGCUCGAGAGACUAUCCUAUACUAUGCAAAGGUUUCUAGGCAUGGUCUGAUUCCUAACUUGCACGAUAGAGGGCAUAACACUAGAUUCAAUGCUAGGGAUGCAACAUGGCUAUUCCUCCAAUCGAUAAAAGAUUACGUACAGAAUUCUACUGAAGGAGUUGCAUUUUUGAGUCAAAAAUUUACCAGAACAUUCCACUCUGACAUCCAAAGCGAGCAUAAUGAAGCGUCUGAUGAUGACAAGCCUGAGAAAGAAUGCACAAUCGCUGAGCUGAUACAAGAAAUCCUCCAAAAGCAUGCCCAAGGCAUCAACUUUAGAGAGUGGAAUGCAGGCUCGGCAAUUGAUGAACACAUGAAGUACGAAGGCUUUAAUAUUCACAUUGAGCUUGAUCUUACAACAGGACUCAUAACUGGAGGAAACCCACAUAAUUGUGGAACUUGGAUGGAUAAAAUGGGCUCUGCUCCUGAGAACAAAGGUAUCCCUGGUUCUCCAAGGGAUGGUGCACCAAUAGAAAUCACUGGGCUAUGCUACUCUGUGAUCUCGUGGUUACAUAAACUAUAUCAGCAAAAGCAGUUUAAAUAUCAAGGAGUCAAAAUCAGAGGAAAUAUGUACAGUUAUGAAAGAUGGUCAGAGACUCUUCAAAUGUCAUUUGAAAGACUCUACUGGAUUCCUAGUGAUCCAGACCUUGAUUUCGCUUAUGGCUGAAACAGCUCUUUAGUGAACGAAAGGGGUAUCUACAAAGACGUUGCUCGUGCAAAGGAUGAAUGGAGGAACUAUCAAUGCAGACCAAACCAAGUUUUAGCAAUGGCAGUAGCUCCAGAAUUAUUCACUAAGGAAUUUGCUCAAGAAGCUCUUGAAAAUCUUGGUGAAAAACUCAUCAUUAAAAACAAAAGUUUGGGGAUGAAGACCCUCAGUCCUUCUGAUAUGGCAUACAAGCCAAAUUAUGACAACUCAGAUGAGACUCAUGGUUGGAAUUAUCAUAAUGGGCCUGAAUGGGUUUGGCCUCUUGGAUAUUACCUCAUUGCUAGAAUAAUCUUCUUUGAAAAGAAAGAUCAGCAGAUUAUGAAAUACUUAAUCCCUCACCAGCAUCACUUGUAUUCCUCACCUUGGAUGAGUCUCCCAGAAUUGACUAAUGAAGCAGGAGGGUACUGUGAAGAUUCAUGUCAUGCUCAAGCUUGGUCCAUCGGUACGAUCUUUGAAGCCAUUCACAAAGCCAACGAGUAAAGUUACUUCAGAUAAGAUCCCGGCAUCA